AUGUUCCAGGAUCCAGACUCAGGAUGUGACACCAAUCACCAUGACUCAAUCAUUAAAUGUCACUUUUUUAACAGGAUCCAUCAGAGACUCAAAGCUGGACCUGAACCCAGCUGUGUGUCCUUAAAGAGCGACGGGUCAAUGGGUCAUCUUAUUGAUUUUAAAUCAGUCCAGCCUCCAUCAGCAGAGAGAGUGGACCAGCAGAGCUCAGAGGUUCCCAGUGCUCAGUCUGCCCAGCAGCAUCAAACACAGCUGGACUCCAUAUUUAUGGUGCGUUCAUCAGGAAACCCAACCCUUCUGAAUGAGAUCUACACAGAGCUCUACAUCACAGAGGGAGGGACUGGAGAGGUCAAUGAUGAACAUGAGGUCAGACAGAUUGAAACAGCAUCCAGGAAACCACACACACCAGAAACAACCAUCAGACAAGAAGACAUCUUUAAACUCCCACCUGGAAGACAUGAACCAGUCAGAACAGUGAUGACAAAGGGAGUGGCUGGCAUUGGGAAAACAGUCUUAACACAGAAGUUCACUCUGGACUGGGCUGAAGACAAAGCCAACCAGGACAUCCACUUCAUGUUUCCAUUCACUUUCAGAGAGCUGAACGUGCUGAAAGAGAAGAAGUUCAGCUUGGUGGAACUUGUUCAUCACUUCUUUACUGAAACCAAAGAAAUGUGCAGCUUUGAAGACUUCCAGCUUGUGUUCAUCUUUGAUGGUCUGGAUGAGUGUCGACUUCCUCUGGACUUCCACAACAAUCAGAUCCUGACUGAUGUUACAGAGUCCACCUCAGUGGAUGUGCUGCUGACAAACCUCAUCAGGGGGAAACUGCUUCCCUCUGCUCGCCUCUGGAUAACCACACGACCUGCAGCAGCCAAUCAGAUCCCUGCUGAGUGUGUUGGCAUGGUGACAGAGGUCAGAGGCUUCACUGACCCACAGAAGGAGGAGUACUUCAGGAAGAGGUUCAGAGAUGAGGAGCAGGCCAGCAGGAUCAUCUCCCACAUCAAGACAUCACGAAGCCUCCACAUCAUGUGCCACAUCCCAGUCUUCUGCUGGAUCACUGCUACAGUUCUGGAGGACGUGUUGAAAAGCAGAGAGGGAGGAGAGCUGCCCAACACCCUGACUGAGAUGUACAUUCACCUUCUGGUAGUUCAGAUCAAAGUCAAGAAGGUCAAGUAUGAUGGAGGAGCUGAGACAGAUCCACUCUGGAGUCCAGAGAGCAGGAAGAUGAUUGAGUCUCUGGGAAAAGUGGCUUUUGAGCAGCUGCAGAAAGGAAACCUGAUCUUCUAUGAAUCAGACCUGACAGAGUGUGGCAUCGAUAUCAGAGCAGCCUCAGUGUACUCAGGAGUGUUCACACAGAUCUUUAAAGAGGAGAGAGGCCUGUACCAGGACAAGGUGUUCUGCUUCGUCCAUCUGAGUGUUCAGGAGUUUCUGGCUGCUCUUCAUGUCCAUCUGACCUUCAUCAACUCUGGACUCAAUCUGAUGGAAGAAAAACAACAAACAGUUUCUUUGUGGUCCAAGUUAUUUAAAAAUAUAACUCUUAAUGAUCUCCAUCAGAGUGCUGUGAACCAGGCUUUACAGAGUCCAAAUGGACACCUGGACUUGUUCCUCCGGUUCCUCCUGGGUCUUUCACUGCAGACCAAUCAGACUCUCCUACGAGGCCUGCUGACACAGACAGGAAGUAGCUCACAGACCAGUCAGGAUGUAGUCCAGUACAUCAAGAAUCGGAUCAGUGAGAAUCUGUCUGCAGAGAAAAGCAUCAAUCUGUUCCACUGUCUGAAUGAACUGAAUGAUGGUUCUCUCGUGGAGGAGAUCCAACAGUCUCUGAGUUCAGGAAGUCUCUCCACAGAUAAACUGUCUCCUGCUCAGUGUUCAGCUCUGGUCUUCAUCUUACUGACGUCAGGAAAAGAUCUGGAUGAUUUCAACCCAUGGAAAUAUACUAAAGACAUGAAGUCUAUUCUGAGGCUGCUGCCAGUGGUCAAAGUUUCCAAAAAAGCCAUAUUAAGGAGGUGCAGUUUGUCAGAGACCAGCUGUUCUUUUCUGAGUUCAGCCCUGAAGUCCAACCCCUCCCAUCUGACAGAACUGGACCUGAGUGUGAACAAGCUGCAGGAUUCAGGAGUGAAGCAGCUGUGUGAUUUUCUGGAGAGUCCACGAUGUAGACUGGAGACUCUGAGAUUGAGGAGCUGCAGUUUGUCAGAGACCAGCUGUUCUUUUCUGAGUUCAGCCCUGAAGUCCAACCCCUCCCAUCUGACAGAACUGGACCUGAGUGUGAACAAGCUGCAGGAUUCAGGAGUGAAGCAGCUGUGUGGUUUUCUGGAGAGUCCACGAUGUAGACUGGAGACUCUGAGAUUGAUCAGAUGCAGUUUGUCAAAGAUCAGCUGUUCUUCUCUGAGUUCAGCCCUGAAGUCCAACCCCUCCCAUCUGAUACAACUGGACCUGAGUCACAACAACCUGCAGGAUCCAGAUGUUCAGCAGCUGUUGGAUCUUGCGCAGAGUCUAGACUACAGACUGCAGACUCUGAGAUGGAGAUUACCUUAAUUUUGAAGAGUCUGAACAUGAUGGUGUGUUUGUGGGAGA